AUGCAAUCGUGUGACAAUUUCGCAGUAGUUUAUGGCAUUGUUCAAUUGCAAUAUGGACGAGUUUUUGCGCCGUUUCGUAAUCGUGGAUCCACCACAACACACCAGAGACCAAGUUCUACCAGAACCUGCAUUGAAAAUCCCAAAAUUCCUACAAAAACUUUAAGUAGUGGCCAUAAAAUUCCGGUAAUUGGACUAGGAACUUGGGGAAUUUUGAAAGAUGAAGUAAAAUUUGCUGUAACAACGGCAAUCUAUCGAUUGAUUGAUAGCGCUUUUGUUUAUCAAAAUGAGAAAUUUGUGGGUCAAGCCAUCAAACAAAUGUUGCAGGAAAAAGUAGUAAAAAGAUGUGAUAUUUUCAUAACUACCAAACUCUGGAAUACCUACCACCAGCCUGACUUAGUGUCCCAAGCUAUACGUCUGUCCUUAAAUGUUUUACAACUUAGCUAUUUGGAUCUUUAUCUUAUGCACUGGCCCACCGCCUAUCAAGAAGGCAAAAUCUUAUUGCCUCGUGACACUCAAGGUCAUACGAAAUUUUCCGAUAUUGAUUACGUAGAAACCUGGAAAGCUAUGGAAGAAUUACAAGAUCUAGGUCUAACCAAAACAAUUGGCAUUUCAAAUUUCAAUAGAGCUGUAUUGCAAUGUGAAUGCCACCCGUUUCUGAAUCAAAAAAGAUUAAUGGAAUUUUGUCGCUGCAGGGAUAUUGUAUUUAUGGCCUAUAGUCCCUGGGGUUCCUCGGAGACGAGGCCAUAUGCUGUUAAAGGUGAAGAACGUUUGCUGGAAUCAAAAGAGAUUGUUGAUAUGGACGAUAGUUACCAUAAAACUCCUGCCCAAAUCCUAAUACGUUAUCAAAUACAGCGUGGCAAUAUAGUAAUACCAAAAUCUAUACAAAAAUCCCGAAUUGAAAGCAAUUUAAAUGCUUUUAAUUGGGAAUUGACGUUUGGGGACAUGAAUAAAAAUCUGCGUUAUGUUAAUAAAAUCCAAUAG